AUGCGCCGCAACCUAGUAGCCUUCAAUUGGCGUCCCAGCCUAAGAGCUCGCGCUCCUCCACGCCUGUUCAGCUCAAACAUCCGCGCCGAGUCAACCCAAGCUUCCCGCAUCGACCGCAUUACCUCAAAGCUCCCCAAACGUUUACAAAAAUACACCAGCGGUUUGCGCAACGCACCAGUCUCGCACAUAGUCUCCUUUCUUAUUCUGCACGAAAUCACAGCCAUCGUACCGGUUUUAGGACUAUUCGGACUCUUUCAUUACACGAAUUAUGUACCUGUCGACUACGUAACGGGUCACUUUGGAAGCUAUGUCGAAGAUGGAGUUGGUCGAUUCGAGAGAUACUUCAAACGCAAGGGCUGGUUUGGGUUCGGGCAGAAUGAAGAGCACACAACAUCGAGCACUACGACACACCCCGAUUCUAAAUCCGAGAAUGCAGUUGAGCGCUGGCAUAGUGGAGAUGGACGUUACAAGGUCCUUGUGGAGGUUGCUCUAGCAUAUGCGAUAACAAAGGCUCUACUGCCAGUCCGAAUUAUCGGUAGUGUCUGGGCUACGCCAUGGUUUGCCGGAGUGCUCAUGAGAGCCAAAGGGGUAUUCACGCGCAAGGCUUAG